ACCGCUGCUCUCUGAAGGCAUUCACAACUUCCUCCGCUGCAGUUCAGGAGUAAACACAACUAGUAACGGCAUGCUAUUCUGAGAGGUUAGUGGACUGACGCACUCAAAAUGUUAAAAGGAGUCAGUGUGAGUGUUUCUGACGCACCACAAGUUAACAAUGACGAGGAGGAGCAACACAAAYAUGACAAGGCAGCAAUAGACAUAGAAGACUUGGAGUCAAAGCUUUUGGAGAUGCCAGAGAGGAAACAUAUCGAUGCCCUCCUAGAUAUUAGUGAGCAGAGCUUCAUCAGAGAUCUGGAGCCACAUGAGUGGCAUUGUUACCCCGGUUGGGAACAUGCUGUCCACGGUUGGGACAGAGUCUCUCCUUUGUGCUGCUUAAUGAUGAAUCAGAAGGGCCAGGACAUGGCAAAGAACAAGGAGGCUGAAAGCCUGGCCACCUCGGGGAUCAACCGAACGCCCCCUAAAGUAGGCAGCACAGCCAGCCUGAUGGAGCAGCACUGCAAGCCGAAUGCAGGCCAGCCUAGCGUAAAGGAAGCCGCAUCGCCGAGCCAACAACUAGAACCUCAAGAUCAAGCAACGUCACCUCGCCACAGCGCCACUCAGAAAUCCGUACAGGGUUUCUUGGAGAAGAAAUGUGUGGCACGAGAGACAAGUCCAGUGCUUCGCCACACCACACAAUCUUCUCCGUCAGAGAGCAGAGCCUUGAAAGCUCAGAAGCAAACUGUUAGGCAUGACGUCACAAUGGUUCCCAUCAAAAACUUCAAAUUUUUACCUCCUAUCAGUUCACUCCAGAAGGACAACAAAGGCAAGAAGACGGCAGAUGCAAAAAGCCUUUGCAGGCUCGAGAAGGGGAUCAAAGCAACUCGGACAGGACUGAAUGCUACGGCUAACUUAGAGCGUCCCAGGUCCUCCUCAGCCUCAAUUGACAGCCAUCAGCAACGCCAGCAAAGCCCCAACUUGUCCCUCAGUGGUUGUGUUUCUGUCCCAAACAGGAGGAAAUCAUCCAUAUCUCCCAAAAUGGACACGUUGCAUCCCACGGUGUACUCUCUGGGGAAGAACAUGCCACGAGGCAUGAUUCAAUCCCUGGUGCCCGCCAAGAGUCUGCUCAUCUAGGAAUCAGAACUUUGUGUGUUGCAUGAGGCUUUUGAAACAAACGUCUCAUCAUUGAUGGUCAAAUUCAAUCAAAUAAAUGCAUGGAAAGUUUAAGCGUUUUAUUAUA